AUGGUGCAACCGUCGUCACCGGUGCACUUGUCGUCGUCUUCUCACCCUACCUCCAGCACGACUGCGCAGCUAAAAUCCAUGGAUGAUUCGAUUCGUCUCCAAUUAUUUCUCAAGAUCACACAAAAACUAGAUGAGAAAAACUUCCAUUUAUGGCACCAACAAAUCGAACCCUACAUCAAUGCUCAUGGACUCACUGACGUAAUCCUUUCUUUUGUUCGUGGUUGCAAUCAUGCUCAUCAACUUUGGGAUAGUUUAUUCAACUAUUUUCAGAAGCAAACUCGUGCCAAAGCACGACAACUCAGAGUUGAACUCCGUGCACUCUCUCUUGACAAUUCAUCAAUUCAAGAGUAUCUACUCAAAAUUUGCAACAUUGUUGAUGCUCUAGCAUCCAUUGGAGAUCCUAUUCCAUCUUCUCACCAUAUUGAUGUCAUUCUUGAAGGCCUACCACCUGAGUUCACACAUGUGGUAUUUGUUAUUGAAAGCAAGUUCGAUGUCAUGGAUCUUGAUGAAGUAGAUAUCUUACUUCUUGCACAUGAACUUCGCUUGAACAAAUUCAAGAAGCAAUCACCACCUGAUCUUGUUUCUCUCAAUCUUACACAUGCGGCUUCCACCGGUUCUACUACUAAAGACAGUGUUGCUGCAAUCUCUAAGCAAAACACUUAG